CGAAGUUGCUUCUGUUGUGUCGGGCCCGAUCGCGAGCCUGAGUCAUGUUCAGCCCUGUUCGGCCACUGGACAUCCACGCAAAUCGAACUUGACGCCGAACUGAGUCUGUGAUCUGACCUUACGUCGAGCUCCGUCCAUCAUGGCAACCAUAAUGCAACCAAGCAUACAUCUUACCCAGCUGAGCCUAAAUAGACCGGAACAAAACGACAUAGAUAGAGAGCUCGACGGCAUUUCCUCUGCUCAGUCACCUCAGCCAUCGCUGCAGUCUACAGUGAUAUCUGCUCUCCAUGGCUUUGAAGACGUUCCUGAUGGUGGAUACGGAUGGGUUAUUGUCGCUGCAUGCAGCAUCAUAACAUUCUUCUUUGUCGGUCUAACGUACUCGUGGGGUGUUGUUCAAGCACAAUUGACCGCGAAACAUCUCGCCAAAGAUUCCUCCCUCAGCUUCAUUGGAUCAACGGCCGCCUCCUUUGUCGCUUUCGGAGCCUUAAUCAACGCCAGGAUCCUGAAACGGAUCGGUACUCGUAACUCUGCGCUAUUGGCGUGUUUCUGUCUUGGCCUUGGUCAGAUACUGAGCGGGUUCGCGACCACCAAUUUUGGAGCGUUGUUUGUUAGUUUUGGGAUUGUGUUGGGGUUCGGUGUCGGCUUAUGUUUUAUGGCAUGUAGCUCCCUCCCUGCUCAGUAUUUCAAGAAACGCAGAGGUUUGGCCAACGGUUUUGUUUUCGCAGGCGGAGGGCUUGGCGGAGGCAUACUGUCCAUUAGCCUGAAUUUCUUGAUAGAAAAAGUCGGCAUUCCAUGGACGUUCAGGAUCCUAGGAUUCAUUACUCUCGCAAUUACUAUGCCGGCUGCUAUGCUCUUAAAAGAACGGACUCGAAGGGCCACCGCCAGUAUGGAAUGGCAUCUGUUCCUCGAUAAAAAGUUCAUCAUACUGUUUGUCGGUGCAGGACUCGGCACCUUCCCCAUCCUCGUCCCUCCCUUUUUCAUCCCCCUUUACGCCACAUCUCUCGGCGCCUCCACCUUUCUAUCUUCUGCGCUUCUCGCGCUCUUCAAUCUCUCGUCAGCCGUCGGCCGUCUUUUCUUUGGUGCCCUCUGCGAUAAAGUCGGCCCUCUAUCAUCUCUCCUCCUCGCCCUUAUCCUCACCACCAUCAGCAUGCUAGCUAUAUGGCCUGUCAGCGGGAGCAUCGCGCCGCUCGUCGCAUUUAUCGUAAUUAACGGUGCGGGGAACGGAGGGUUCUUUUCGACCAUGCCCAGCGUUGUGGGACAUAUAUACGGAGGUGCCAGACUCGCGAACGCGAUGGCGAUGGUGGUGACUGGAUGGGCAUUCGGCUACUUCCUGGGCGCACCAGUAGCUGGAUGGAUGCUAGAUGCCUUCGGAGGAUCAGCAGCAGGACGAACCGCUUUCCGCCCAGCCAUUUACUUUGCGGGCUCCUUGUCGCUGGCAAGCGCUGUCUUGAUCAUGGUGCUUAGGCAGUCGAUCGCGAAGAAGGUCUGGGUGUUUGCAUGAUUGUAGGGCGUAAAAUCAACCCGUUCCAGCAACCCAGGGUCGCUACUUGACCAACUAAACUUCGAGUACGUGGAAAUGCCACCAUU